CAUGGAAAGUGCUUAGAGAAAUUCUGAAAAAAAUACAUUUCUAUAGAUAAUUAAAGAUAUAUUAUUCCCAAAUUAUAAGCACAAAAUGUCUAUAACAUAAAAAUGAAUUGCAUUACUUAAUCAUCGCCAUGAUGUGUUAUCAUGCAGAACUUCUCUGUAGCUUUCAUAUUGUCAGGUAUAACCUCUUAAGCAAAAGAACUAUGUCAUUUUCAUGUUCAGAAGCUGCCUAGCUCUCUGAAGGUACAAACAAACCUUCAACAACAACAACAAAAAUCAAAGAAAAUACUUAAACUCUUAUGGGACUUACUAUUUUGGGUGAGUACUUGCAAAUCCUACUAGAUUCAGUGGGAAAAUAAUGGUGUGCAGCAUUUUAUCUUGCUCAUUUCUGUCUCCACUAGCAUUUGGUAUAUACUGAAAAAAACUCUGGGAAGAGAAAGAGAAAGAAAGAAAUCUAAGAAAGCAAUAUAAUUAAUUAAAAAACAUUUUUCGUGUUCACUGGAUAUAGGAAGCCCUUGAAACAGCCUUUUUCAUCUUCCUUUCUCUUCUACCCAACCCCUAAAAUAAAAGCCCAUUUAAAUAUUUCCUCAGCUCCUGGUAUCAUCAUUCGUGUUGAAUUAGAAUAGUCAGAAUUUUGAGACAACAGCUAACAGUAUCAGCUUUAAUAUUUCCUUUUCUCAUGUGACAUCGCUACUUAAGUUUCAGGCCUAGUAUCUACAGAAGACCUUACUAUGUCUUCUUAAUAGCAGGGAUGCAGUAUUCAAAAUUCAGUCACUUAAUUCCUGUUCAGUACCUAGAAGAAACAGUAGAAUUUUGCCUGAUGAUUUUUUAAUCAGGAGAGCUUUCUAUUACAACGCAAAUUCCUCUUUAGAGGACUGCUUUCAUAGUACAAAAAGAAAUGUCAAAUGCAGACUCAGGAUAGUAUACGUACUUAAGAAAAUACAACAGGAUUAAUUUGCUUAUUGAACAAAGUUACAGUUUUUUUCUUUUCCUCAUCUCAGAAUCUUUAACACACAGUCUAAUGUACAGACAAGGGAUGUUCUAACAUAGAUAUUCUAGAUGUUCGUAGAUGUUUCUAGAUGUUUAAUUGUUUUAACAUUGCUACAGUCUGUUCUCCAUAUAAUUGCCAGCAUGAGAAUUUUGUGCUUUUGAGAACCUUGCAGUCUUUCUGGCCAGCUCAUUCUCCUUCUUAGCACACUGGAAGCAAAGUGGGAGGAAAAUUGCCACCUAAUAUCUACCUUCAAAAGCUUAAAGCACUCAACUGAUACGUCUUCUCCCCAUAAUCUGCUUUAUCUCAGUCUGUAGGGCUAACAGCUUUGGUUAAUAAAAAAGCUGGGCCUUGAAAAAAAUAAGCCUUUUGUUUUGAGUAACGAAUUGUGUUUUGUUAGAAGAUAUGAAUGGUCCAGAGUGAACAGACUACAAUUCAUCAUGUACUGAACCAUUUCAGUAGGAACACACUAAUCCCAAUCAUUACAGAGCUAAUGAUGCAUUUUGGAACAACUAAGUGGAGGGAGAGAGGUGGUUGUGGAAUGUUAAACCAAAAGGUGGGGGAGUAUAAUGUUCCUACUUACGGAUUUCUCAGAAAGCAGUGUCCAACUACAUUCUGAUUGUUCUUUUGAAUAUAGUAUUUUGUGUCCUAGCAAAUUCUGAAUGUGUGUUAUUUACAUACUCACAUUGUUUAUGGAAAAUGUUUUGGUUGUUCCCAGUCCAUUUUCAAAAUUAUCUACUUGAAAUGCAACUAUUUUCAUCAGCAGUGGAACAGUUUGUCCCAAACAGAAUCAAUUCAUAUAGAAUUUAGCUGCCACAAGGAUAGCUGGCAUCAGUGCUUCAUUGUGUGUUUCUAUGGAGACAGCUCAGCCUAUCCUGAAGAGCUGCCAGACCGUACAGAAAGAUGCACAGCUCUGUGCAACUUCAGCACUGAGCAACUUGGAUUUCGUAUCAGAGCGUCUUCGGCAGCCCUUCUGAACUGUAGCUGGCGUGGGGUAGUCAUGCAGGGCUCACCCCGGCGGCGGUCAGCAGCAAGUAUUUUUAGCAACUUUUUCCAGGGCCGGAGGCAUUCUUCCUCUGAUCCCCUUCUUCGCGUAAUCCAGAGGCGCCGGAGCUCAGUUGUAGAGGUACUGUCAUCAUCGACUCACCGGGUUAUGGUGGCCGUAUCAUCUCUGAGCCCUGAGGAGCUGAAUGCAACUUUUCCUGAAAAAAAAAGAAGUUCAAGGCGUCCAACGGCAAAAUACACGAAAGUAGGCGAGCGCCUUCGCCAUGUCAUUCCUGGUCAUAUGCAGUGUUCAAUGGCAUGCGGCGGGCGUGCUUGCAAGUAUGAAAAUCCAGCUCGAUGGAGUGACCAAGAGCAAGCCAUUAAAGGGCUCUACUCUUCUUGGAUAACAGAUAACAUACUGGCUACGGCCCGACCCUCAACAGAAUUAAUUGAAAAGUACAACAUUAUUGAACAAUUUGAAAGAUGCGGUAUAAAAACCAUAAUUAACCUUCAGCGUCCUGGGGAGCAUGCAAGCUGUGGGAAUCCACUGGAACAAGAAAGUGGCUUCACCUACCUUCCUGAAGCUUUCAUGGAGGCUGGAAUUUACUUUUAUAAUUUUGGAUGGAAGGAUUAUGGAGUGGCAUCUCUCACUACUAUACUUGAUAUGGUAAAAGUCAUGGCUUUUGCCUUACAGGAAGGGAGGGUAGCUGUUCACUGUCACGCAGGACUUGGUCGGACAGGUGUUCUAAUAGCUUGCUAUUUAGUUUUUGCAACAAGAAUGACUGCUGAUCAAGCAAUUCUUUUUGUUAGAGCAAAAAGGCCUAAUUCUAUUCAGACUAGAGGGCAGUUAUUAUGCAUCAGAGAAUUCACUCAGUUUUUAAUUCCUCUGAGAAAUGUAUUUGCUUGCUGUGAGCCCAAGGCACACACAGUGACACUAUCUCAGUACCUGACCCGUCAGAGACAUUUGCUCCAUGGUUAUGAGAGCAGGCAUCUCAAACACGUGCCAAAGCUUAUUCAUCUAGUUUGCAAACUGUUGCUAGACUUGGCUGAAAACAGACAAGUGAUAGAGGCAGAACUGUUAGAUAUACCAGAUCUCUCAGCUGAAAUUGAAAAGACUGUUUCUCAGUUGGUGUCUACACAGCUAGAUAAAGAACUAGAAAGACAAGACAGUGAUACAUCUGACUCGUUCUCCCAAACCCACUCAGCUACUUUUGAGAUGCAGGAUGCUCUUUUCUCCCUGGCACAUGCCUAUGAUCCUCUGUGGAAAAGGAGGAAUGCCGAAUGCCUUCAGCCACUCACUCAUGUGAAAAGGCGUCUAAGCUAUAGUGAGUCAGAUUUAAGGACAACCGAGUUUCUCUUAGAACAAGGAGAAACUGCAUGGACAGUACCUACGCAGAUGUUACUGCACAACAAACUUCAGCAGAACAGCGGCGAGGAGUGUUCUGCUGCAGGUGGACAAAAGCCUCAGCUGGAUUUAAACAAAGAAGUCUUAGUGCAUAAUACAUGUACAUUCUGGAGUCAAGGUAAAUUUAAUUUGGAUGGACGAAAAGAUGGAUCCUCACUUUAUCACAGAAGGAAAUCUACCAAAGAAGUACAACGCAGCAGAACCUUUUCUUCAGGUCUGGCAUCUAUCCACAAUUCCAGGGAACCUGGAACACCAAGGCAUAAUUUUGCCAAAGAGAUUGGUCAUAAAGCAGAAUGUGAGACUAGUAUGUAUAAGAGAAGAGUCUAUGCCUCUCAGGACUCUGAUUCUUCUUCUUCUAAAACAAACUUUUCUAUGGGAUAUGAAAGCCAGACUAGCAAAGAUCUGUCAGAGGCAAUUCCACACAUUGUUUUGCAAUCAGAAUUAAGUUUGGAAGCCCGAAGAGUUUUGGCAGCUAAAGCACUUGCGAAUAUAAAUGAAUUUCUGGGAGAGGAUGAAGUGAAGCAGAAGGUAGAAAUGUGGCAGAAAGAACUGAAUUCUCGAGAUGGAGCUUGGGAUAAAAUCUGUACUGAGAGAGAUCCUUUUAUCCUCUGCAGCUUGAUGUGGUCCUGGAUAGAGCAACUGAAAGAACCUGUUAUAUCCAAAGACGAUAUUGACAUGUUGGCAAAAAAUUGCACAGAAUCACAAGAAGCACUUAACUUACUGAAAAAGGAACAGUGUCAGACUAUCCUUUGUGUUUUACAUUGUGUGGUGAACUUGCAAAUGCUACCAGCUGAUGUGGAGGAGGCCUUACUUGCUCGUGCUAUUAAAGCUUUCACUAAGACAAGCUUUGAUUCUGAAAAUGGACCAUAUGUUUACAAUACCCUGAAAAAAGUAUUUAAACAAACACUGGAAGAAAAAAGAAAAAAGCUCAAAGAAGGAACAGAGAAUCCUUCUUGAUUUCUACACAGCUACACUGAAGAAUUAGAUGGGCUUACCAAAUUAUUUUUCAUUCUCCAGCUACUGUAUUUUGUGCUAUUUGGCAUGAUUUACCUAACUUUAGAUAAUAAUAGUUAUUAACAAACAUUUUAUUUUUUUAAAGGGAGUUUUAGUGACAAUUGUUUUAUCUACACAGCUCGAAAGAACAGCGCCUGUAUGACUGUACUGUAGCAUUUGGUUUAAAGUACUAUGCUUUUACAUUGUGAACUGUUCUCUUCUUUUUAAAUGUAUUUAUUGAUUUGGAAUCCUCUGUUAUUGGCAUGCUACAUUAUUUUCAAGUUACCUGAUUGCCAUAAGUUCAGUGCCAUGGUACACAAUGUAUUGAGUUCGUAUGUAUGUAUUAACAUUAAGUAUGUUUACAUUAAAGUUAUUUGAUUUUACUUCGCAGAAAAUAAA